CUCGAGGAACCCACGUGGCUCCACGGCAGUGUUGGUUGCGUGUCUGCACCGCGGCCAACUAGUAUUCUUGUCUGUUUUGCAAAAUGACAAAAGAAUCCUAUUUCCAUGAAACACACCCAAAAAAAAAUGUGGUCCCUCUCUCAGCUGAACUCACUGCAAACCUAAUGCAGCCCUAGCUCCUUCGUAUCUUCUUCCGCAAGCAAGCCGCCUUCCUCUUCUUCUUCGUCUUCUUCUUCUUCUCCGUCUUCUUUCUUUUUUUCUUUAUAUAGCACGCUCCUUCAGUUCUCAGCUUCUCAUCUCCCGUUGAUUAACCAAUUAAGGAGAACUUCAAUGGCAACAACAUCGACCAUGGGAGAAAUGUGGACCCAGAUUGGUUCAAGACUCGCCAGCAUUAUGUUCGUCUGGGCAAUCUUCCAGCAAUUCUUCCCUCGCUAUCUCCGAGACUAUCUCGAGAGAUUUGGCGGCAAGCUCGCCGCUUUAGCCUACCCUUACGUCCAUAUCUCCUUCCACGAGUUCAACGGCGACGGUCUCCGCCGCAGCCAGGCCUACGCUGCCAUCGAGACCUACCUCGGAGCCACCUCCGCCGCCCGCGCUCGGCGCCUCCGUGCCGACGUCACCAAGGACUCCUCCUCCAUCGUCUUCGCCAUCGCCGACAGUGAGGAGGUCACCGACGACUUCCGCGGCGCCCGACUCUGGUGGGCCUCCUUCAAGAAAACCCCUCCCUCGCAUGCCAUCUCCCUCUAUUCCAACUCCGACGAGAAGAGGUACUACAAGCUCACCUUCCACCGACGCCACCGUGAUCUCGUCGUCGGCGAAUACCUUAAGCACGUUCUUGAACAGGGAAAGGCCAUCGCUGUUAAAAACCGGCAGCGGAAGCUGUACACGAACAGCGGAGGCGGUGGCGGCGGCGGCCUGUUCAAGCGGGGCCCCUGGAGCCAUGUCGUGUUCGAGCACCCGGCGACGUUUGAUACGAUUGCGAUGGAAUCGAAGAAGAAGGAAGAAAUUAUAAAAGAUUUAAUCAAUUUCAGUAAGACAAAGGACUAUUAUGCGAAAAUUGGGAAGGCUUGGAAACGAGGGUAUUUGCUUUACGGACCGCCUGGUACCGGGAAAUCGACGAUGAUUGCGGCCAUGGCAAAUCUCCUCGGCUACGACGUUUUCGAUUUGGAAUUGACGGCGGUUUCAGACAAUACCCAGCUGAGGAAGCUCUUAAUUGAGACGUCGAGCAAGUCGAUAAUAGUGAUUGAGGAUAUUGAUUGUUCGCUAGAUCUGACGGGGCAGAGGAAGAAGAAGAAGAAGAAAAAGGAGACGGAGAACGACGAGGAAGGGAAGGAUCCGGUGGGCAAAAUGGCGAAAGAGGAAGAAAGCCAGAAAGAGAGUAAGGUGACUUUAUCUGGGCUUUUGAAUUUCAUCGACGGAAUUUGGUCGGCUUGCGGCGGAGAGAAGAUUAUAGUUUUUACGACGAACCAUGUGGAGAAGUUGGACCCGGCGCUAAUUCGGAGAGGGAGGAUGGACAAGCACAUCGAAUUGUCGUAUUGCGGGUUUGAGGCGUUUAUGGUUCUGGCUAAGAAUUACUUGGACGUGGAUGGGCACGAGUUGUUCGGGGAGAUUCGGAGGCUGUUGGGAGAAACGGAGAUGACGCCGGCCGACGUGGCGGAGAAUUUGAUGCCGAAGUCGCCGGAGGAAGACGCGACGAGUUGCUUGGAGAGACUGGUUGAGGCGUUGGAGGAGAAGAGAAAGGAGGACGAAGCAGGGAAGGAGAAGGGACAAGCUGCAAAAAUUAGAGAAGAAAUAAGAGAGGAAGAGAAGAAGGGGUCGGCGGAGGGGGAGGGGUUGGGGAUUGGGGAAGUAGAGGAUAAUUAAUUGAUCUGUUUGUGAGUUUAGUUAAUUGGCGGUCGAAUAUGUAUGUCUAAGUGCUGAUUCAGUGAGACAUAAUGGUGAGAUUUCCACUGGGAUUGUUAGUGCCAUUCAUUAACCAGUGGAGGAAAUCUUUUUUCGGUCCUCAAUCGCUUUACAUUAAUUAUUGAGGUUCACAGUGGGCGGGAUUUCAUUGGUCCUCAAAAGAGUAUUACAUGAGUUUUUAUGAUAAACUGAGUCUAAGCUAUAUGAAAAUGAAUACAAUAAGUAUGUGUUUUGUUAUGAAA